AUGUAUGAGCAAGAUUUUUUUGUUCCUGCUUGGGAAUUUUUAGAUAAAAUUAUUUGGAGAAGAUUUAAAAUUCAUGAAAUUGUGCUUUACACAGAAAAAUUCUGGAAUUGGUUGGAGAAUGAACAUAGAGAAGAAAUGGACAACUUAAUAAAAGAUUUUAUUUGCUCAAUAAUGAAGAUAAAUAGAGAAAUGCUGGAAAAUCAGCGUUAA